CCCAUACCAUUAAUUUCCCUCCUCUCCUCCUAUCUGGGAUCCUUCCACUUCCCAAUAACGAUACAAUUUUUCUUUACAUCUGCACAACCAUUUCAUUUACCAAAGAGAGAAAUAUUGAGAUAAAACACCCUAUCACUCUUCUGCAGUAUAGUAGUACUCUUCUUUUUCUGUCUGAAAAUUAAGUAAAUUUUAAUAAUGGGGAGAGGAAGAGUGCAACUGAAGAGAAUUGAGAACAAGAUCAAUCGACAAGUCACCUUCUCAAAAAGACGAUCUGGUUUGCUCAAGAAAGCUCAUGAGAUCUCUGUACUUUGUGAUGCUGAGGUUGGUUUAAUUGUUUUUUCUACAAAAGGCAAACUCUUUGAGUAUUCCACCGAUUCUUGCAUGGAAAGGAUUCUUGAAAGGUAUGAAAGGUACUCAUAUGCUGAGAGGCAGCUUACUGCUACUGAUCAUGAAACCCCGGGGAGCUGGACUUUGGAACAUGCUAAGCUUAAGGCAAGAAUUGAGGUUUUGCAAAGAAACCAAAGGCAUUAUGCAGGAGAAGAUUUGGACUCAUUAAGUAUGAAAGAGCUGCAGAAUCUUGAGCACCAGGUCGAUUCUGCUUUAAAGCACAUUCGAUCAAGAAAGAAUCAAUUGAUGCAUGAAUCCAUUUCUGAGCUGCAAAAGAAGGACAAGGCAUUGCAAGAGCAAAACAACAAGCUCUCGAAGCAGGUGAAAGAAAGGGAGAAAGAGCUGGCUCAGCAGACUCAGUGGGAGCAACAGAGCCAUGAUCAUCUCAACUCAUCUACAUUCGUUUUGUCACAGCCCUUGAGCUCUCUUCACCUUGGGGAAGCGUACUCAACUGCAGGAGACAACGGAGAAGUUGAAGGAUCAUCGCGGCAACAACAACAGAACACUGUAAUGCCGCCAUGGAUGCUUCGCCAUCUUAAUAACUGAUACUAAUCAAGUAUUAUAAGCGUGAAGCGAUCAAUAUUAUGCUAUGGUUUGUCGUCUACGGGUUAGGAAGAAUAUGUACAUAUAUGUUAUCAAACAAACACAACUUUUAUCCUAAUUAAUUAAGUAUGUAUAUGUGGUGCUGUAUUACAAUAUUCAGAAAUAUAUAUAAUGUAGUACCAUAUCAUCCUCGCCUUGGAUAUUUAGGCUUUAAACUUCUUACGACUCCUAUUUAUUAUAAUUGUUCCAUACAUUAUAGUGA